CCCGGCCAGGAUGGCAUCCUGUCUGGUCCUGCGCAUGACACUGCUGCUGGUCGCUGGGGUCCUAGCCCCUGCUGUGCGCACAGCUGAGGGUCCCCAGGAGCCCGAACCCACGCUGUGGAACGAGCCCGUCGAGCUGCCGUCGGGAGAAGGCCCCGCCGAGAGCACCAUACCCGGCCAGGAGCCCGCGGCCACGGAGCCCCCGGCGCCCUCCGCAGCGCCGGGCCCCGAGGACAGCACCUCGGGGGAGCAGCUGGACCAGGGCAGCGGCUCGCUGGGGCCCGGCGCCAUCGCGGCCAUCGUGAUCGCCGCCCUGCUGGCCACCUGCGUGGUGCUGGCGCUCGUGGUCGUGGCGCUGAGGAAGUUCUCCGCCUCCUGAAGC